CAGGUCACCCCCAUAGAUGACGGGCUAGACUACAGCGAUUUCGAAAUGGGUUCACACACCAAAGUGCGAGGAAUCAGCUACUAUCUACCCAGCGGGCCCCGUGGGAAGACCGAACACCCAUGGCACUAAUCAACCCACGCUCAUGGAACGGCAAUGGCCAAUAUGAUUCUGCGUAUCCACCCCUGGAUCCAUCUGCUCGUCCUUGGGAUCGAGGAUGGCAUCUCGUACGCGAAGCCAAACACUCCUUCGCGGACCAUCAAUCCGAACAGCGUAGCCCACGCCGUCGAGGUCGCGAUCAUCCAUAAAGUCGAUAUUAUUUCCAAGUCGUGGACAUGCGCAGGAGCAUGAACAAGCUGCGCAGCUCGAACCGCGGCCUACGGAUUGACCAGGGGCUCAAGAAGCCAAUGGACGAGCCAGGUAUGACGCGCCUAGAGAAAGCGAUUGCUCGCGCGGCGAGGGACAAAGGGAUCCCGAUGGUGUGUUGGGCGGCCGACGAUAUCGAAAUCCUCGCCAUGGACACCUUGCCUUACGGUGCGGCCCGAGAACAGGUCUUCCGCAUUGGCGCCUUGGACUCGCGACUGCAGCGAGACCCCCCGGCCGAGGACAAGCACGCCAUCUCUUCCUGCCGCAGACCACAGUCGAGCAAACCGCCCCCAAAUUGACCAAGAACGUUUGUUCGUAAGAUGAUGAUCAUUCCCCUUCUAUUUGGGUGUAUAUAUAUAAUUCUUAUCUGCUCAACUGUACUGAACCACACGCCAGAAGAUUAAAAGACUGGUGCUUACGAG